AUCUGUGGUGACUUAUAUCAACUGUCAAAAAAAAACUUAUCUGAGAGUGCUUGUGAAAAUAAAAUUAUCUUUAACAUCAAGUAACUGUGGUUAAAUAUCUGAUUUAAAUGCAAAAUUAUUAGAUUCAAGUACAAAAGAUAUAUUAUAAAAGUUAUUAUGUCAGCACUUAGAGCUAGGCUGGGGUCGUCGGUUUUUCUUUCUAGGUUACUUUAUCAUUCAAUAAAUAAAUCUAAACCAAUAAAAUGUUUAACUAUUGCAGCAAAUGGAUACAGUGGGAAACCUUUAGUAACUUCAAAGUACAGUACAGUGUCCCAUCAACAGCCGGCAGAAACAACAAAAGGAAACACUGAGCGAAAAGAGUUUCAAGCAGAAACAAGAAUGCUCCUCGACAUUGUUGCUAGAUCUUUGUAUUCAGAUAAGGAGGUAUUUAUCAGAGAGCUUAUAUCAAAUGCAAGUGAUGCUUUAGAGAAGUUUCGUUAUUUAAGUGUAAGUGCUACACCAGAAUCACAAAAACUGGAGAACAUGGACAGAGCCCUGGAAAUAAAAUUAACAACUGAUAAACAAAAUAGGACACUCACCUUUGAGGAUUCAGGCAUAGGUAUGACUAAAGAAGAAUUGGUUUCAAACUUGGGCACAAUUGCUAGAUCAGGUUCAAAAUCAUUCAUAGAAGAAAUAAAGAAGCAGGGAGCUGAACAGGCUAGUUCUAUCAUUGGGCAAUUUGGAGUUGGUUUUUAUUCAGCAUUCAUGGUAGCGGAUAAAAUAGAAGUGUUCACAAGAAGCAGUGUAGCUGGUUCCCCUGGAUAUAAAUGGAGCUCUGAUGGGUCUGGGACUUAUGAAAUUCAAGAAGUUGAUGGAGUACCAAUUGGUACAAAAAUCGUUGUGUAUUUGAAGACAGACUGUAGAGAGUUUUCAGAUGAUGCUACAGUUAAAAAUAUAAUAAUGAAAUAUAGCAAUUUCAUUGGCAGUCCCAUACUAUUAAAUAGUGAACAAAUAAACUCAAUUAAGCCAUUGUGGUUAAUGGAGUCAAAGGAGGUCACCCAAGAGCAACAUAUAGAGUUCUACAGGUUUAUAAGCAAUUCCUAUGACAAACCACGUUUCACCCUCCAUUACAAAACAGACGCACCAUUGAGUAUCAGAUCCAUUCUGUAUGUGCCUGAAGGGAAGCCGGGGCUGUUUGAAUUAUCAAGAGAUUCAGAUGUUGGCGUUGCGUUGUAUUCCAGGAAAAUUCUCAUCAAGAGCAAAGCUGAAAAUAUCUUGCCCAAGUGGUUGAGAUUUGUUAAAGGUGUUGUUGAUUCUGAAGACAUUCCACUUAAUCUUAGCAGGGAAUUACUACAAAAUAGUGCAUUGAUUGCAAAAUUACGUACUGUAUUGACUAACCGGUUCCUAAAGUUUAUGGUUGAUACGGCAAACAAAGAUCCGGUUGGAUAUGAUGCAUUCUACAAGGAAUAUUCUUUGUUCUUUAAAGAAGGAAUUGUUACCAAUCAAAAUUCCCUAGAAAAGGAAGAAAUCGGUAAACUGUUACGUUUCGAAUCUUCAAAGUUAGAGAACGGCGUUAAAACUUCUUUAGCCGAUUACAAUGCACGACAGACUAACGAUCAAAAAAAUAUAUAUUAUUUGGCAGCUCCUAGUCGAGAGUUAGCACAGUCAUCACCUUACUAUGAAUCUCUGAAGAAACGCGACGUUGAAGUCUUGUUUUGUUAUGAAAUGUACGACGAGCUGGUCUUAUUGGAAUUGAAGGAGUUUGGAGGCAGGUCCCUGGUAUCGGUUGAGAAUGAUAUGCAAAAAGAUCCUACGGAUUCCAGCGAAUCUAUUAUUGGAAGCGACGAUUUGCAACAAGGACAAGUAAAUGAAUUGGUUUCAUUCCUAAAAUCCAAUUUGUCGGGCAAAGUGUUCGAAGUAAGAACUACGCAGAAGUUAGAUUCACAUCCCUGUGUGAUAAUCGUUCCGGAAAUGGCUGCUGCCCGCCACUUUAUUAGAACUCAAGCACAGAGCCUUAGUGACGAAAAUAGAUUUGCUUUGUUGCGACCCCAAUUGGAGAUAAACCCAAAGCACCCCAUUAUCAAAAAACUACAUAAACUAACAAGCAGUGAUAAAGAACUAGCAAACAUGGUGGCACAACAGUUGUUUUCCAACGCGAUGGUAACCGCUGGCUUGCUAAUGGAUGCCAGAAAUUUAAUAACGAAUAUAAAUGAUCUAUUGGUGAAAGCCUUGGAAAAACAUUAAAAUAUCUAGUCGAAAAAAAUUAAAACUAAUUAAACAAUAUUAUAUUUCUU